UGGGCACUGAAGUAGCUGAAAUGAGAAAGAGGCAGCAGUCACAAAAUGAAGGAACAUCAGCUGUGUCUCAAGCACCUGGAAACCAAAGGCCCAACAACACAUGUUGCUUUUGUUGGUGCUGUUGCUGCAGCUGUUCAUGCCUCACUGUUAGGAAUGAAGAUAGAGGAGACAAUGCAGGAAGGCCAACACACACGACCAAAAUGGAGAGUAUCCAAGUCAUAGAAGAAUGCCAAAACCCUACUGCGGAUGAAAUUUUGUCUUGGGCUCAGAAUUUUGACAAGAUGAUGAAAACACCAGCUGGGAGAAACCUUUUCAGAGAGUUUCUUCGAACAGAGUAUAGUGAGGAGAACCUGCUUUUCUGGCUUGCAUGUGAAGAUCUAAAGAAGGAACAGAAUAAGAAAGUUAUUGAAGAAAAAGCAAGACUUAUAUAUGAAGAUUACAUUUCUAUACUAUCACCAAAAGAGGUUAGUCUUGAUUCCCGGGUGAGAGAAGUGAUCAACAGAAACUUGUUGGACCCCAGCCCUCACAUGUAUGAAGAUGCCCAACUCCAGAUAUACACCCUAAUGCACAGAGACUCUUUUCCAAGGUUUUUGAACUCUCAGAUUUAUAAGUCUCUCGUUGAAAGUAUUACAGGCUCUACUUCUGAAACUUAGUUUUAACUUUCAAACAAAAUAACUUGAUUUUUUGGGGGUGGGUGGGCUGGAAGAAAAGUAGUUUAAUAACAUCUGGAGCUGGGUUCCUGGAGAACUACAGUUUAGCACUACUCAGGCUACUGUGAAGAAAACAAAUACAUACUAUGGUCUCUGUCUACAUUUUUACCAAGGUCCUCCUUGCUCGAGAUGGCACGGGAGGGGAACAAUGGAUUUGCCAAAAUACAUUUGUUUCACACUCCUUUCACCCUCCUGCAGUCAAGAUUGCAAUGAUGUAUUUGUAGUUUUAUGAACAGUCUCCUUGUGUAUCCUCACACUGCAUGUGCAAGGUAAAACUGCUUCACUUACCACUUAGUUGUUGCAAUAUUUAAUCCAAUAACAUAAAUUAUAUCUGUAUUUAAGAACUUUUUUUGUGCAAUACAGUCUUAUGGUACAUAGAAACAAUUGCAGCAAACCAGAAAGAGGCUUGCAUUUUUUAACAUCACUAACUGAAAAAAGCCAAUUUUUAAGGUGUAGCAUUACUCAACAUGCUCUACUGAGUACAAUACACUGAUUUUUUGAAGCCAAUAUUUCUGUACAGAAAAAAAAAAAAGAAAAAGAGCUAUUUAUCACUGUUUAUUUAAAAUAAACCAAGCGGAGGAUUCCUCUGGUUGUUCACUGCCAAAACUGUGGCAUUUUCAUUACAGAGUUUGCAAUGUCAAAAAAAAAAAAAAAAAAAAAAAAAGAAGAAAAAAAAAAAAGCACAAACCACUUAAAGGGAUCCGUAUCUGGGUGACACAAUCUAUGCGCUGAUAUUGUUUAAUUGUUAAAAGAACAAAGAUUUUCAAUGUACAUUUCAGAUGUCAGAUACUGUAAUUGAUUUAUUAAAGACUGGCUAUCCAGUUCUAACACUGUUGUAUAAUGUUAUGUACUUCAGCAAAAAAAAGAAAAACAAAAACAAAAAAACAAAAAGCUUGAUAAUUUAGUUUUUUUAAUAAAGAAAUUUAAUAAAAGAUUGCCUACAUGUAGCAUUUUAGAGCAUUUUAGAACAUUUUGAUGAAUUGCAUCUGUCCUGUAAGAUUUUUUUUUUUUUUUUGGAAAGCUAAAUCCAGUAAAAAAAAUGUUUUUAAACAAAGUAAUGUUUUACGAGGUGGCAGGUUAAGGAAGUAUUAUCUUAGCUUCUAGCCUCAUUGAUUUCGAGUAACUCCUUGAAAACAAGGGGUUUGGAGAGUAAUAUUAAACCAAACUUCAAGGGCUCCUAAACCUACAGUCCUUACCCAAGCAAAAUGCCUACGGAAACACAACGGGUGUCUUUCCUGGGUAAAGAAUCCUGUACUGAGCCCUCAACCAGAGCUAAGGCAGCCUGGUACUCCCAUCACUUGCCUGCCGUGGUGUUUUUAAUAGGUGUUUGCUUGGCCUUUUGAUCAAAAAAUGUCCAAUUUUAGGAUGCAUUUUGACGUUUAAAGAGACAGUGACUCGGAAGUUAAAAAAACCCCAUCUUCAUACCUACCAUAUACAAGCAAGACGAGCAUUAGCAUCCCUCACAAACCGCUAAAGAUAUACCAAGAAAUGGCUUUGAAUACUCGUUAAAUAUAUAUAUAUGUAUGUGCGUAUAUAUAUAUAUUUAAUACUGACAACUCUGGUCUUAUACUAAGACUUAAGAGGCAAGGUCCUUCUCACCUCCACGGGACUAAACACGGGCACCAGCCUGUUGCUUUCGCUGGGACGGGAAGGUCUGGCAGUUGUGUCCUUGAGCAGAAUCUUGCCCCGACACACGUGGCUCCAACCACCCAGUUACUCCGUGCUGUACAGUAACCGGGGGGAUGCAGGUCUUAGUUUAUUUUCUGGGGCUUAUUAUUUUCUGGGGCUUAUUAUUUUUAUUUUUUUUUUUUCCUCCUUGGUUUUACUACCUCUCAUUUUUUUUUAAUUUAUUGAACGUGCUUCAAAUAGCAAGUCUUGGGGAAUUUUUUUAAUCAUUCUUUUUACUUGAAACCUGUGUGCUUUUUUUGGAUAUAUAUAUACAAACAACUUAACGAACUGUUUCUUAAACUCAUUUGGUUUUGUAAUUUAUAUAGAAUUCAGGAGAUGAUUAAAAGGGCUAUUCUCUAUUCCCUAUGCAAAUAUUUUAACUGUUGUAGUGUUUGACAAAAUGGGAUCUAAAAAAAAAAUCUGCAAAGUGGGAAACAAAUCUGUUUACAGUGGCGUUGCUGACUAUCCUACCAUAUUCAGCACUUUUAAAUAUUGUUAUUUAUGAAAAUGUAGUUUAAAAUGCAAGACAAAAUAUUUAUAAAUGUUUCUUUUAAUAAAUACCUGUUUUGUCUGAAAGUGUUAUCGUGUUAUGACAACUUUAUUCAUGUUGGUUAGCUACUUACCAUUAUGAAUAAAAUAUUCAAUUAUUAUACCGAUAGAAUAAUAGCUAUGAUGUUUACAAAUCCUGAGGGGGGAAAAUUCAGUGAAAAAGGACUGCCUCCUCCUACUGUGAAAUGCUGUUAGAAAAAAAUCAAUUUUUCUGACUUUUUUUCUUAAUUGGAAUUAAACUAUGGUCCUACAUAUGUCUAGUAUCAUUUGAUUACAGUUAUAUUUACCGUGGUACUAAACAUAUACAGCAUCAUAUAUGUAUAUAUUUACAUAGUGUAAUUUCAAGUUUGUUGGUGUUUGAGGCACAAUACAUUUAGUCCACACAUCUAAACAAUGUGUAAGAGACAAAACUGCAUGCAUAAGUCUUUACAAAUGUAGACUUAAAUAUUCUUAAUGUUACUAUUUGAUGGUGACCUGCUAGUCAUAAGCUAUCUUUAUAAGAUAUUUCACACAGGUAAAAGUUCUUGUCAGCACAGACAAGUCAUCCUUUCCAGGACAGUUUUAAAGUUCAAUGUGCGGGCCCUAAAGUAUUACCUUGAUUUCUAGUGUAAGAUUCCAAAAUCUGUAUUUGGAAACUGUUACAUCAUUUUGAAAAAUAUUACACCAAUCUUCAGUGUAAUACUGCAAUGAAAUCACGUUCAAAAUUUCUUGUCUUACAUCCUCUAUUUGGAGGAAUUUAAAAAUUGAACAUAAUGUGAAGUUUCUUUCUUGGAGCAAAUGCUCAUAUUAAAAUGUUUAAUAUACAUUUCAUUUAUCAGUUUGGGUUUCCAAAAAUUUUUUAUGAAAAAAUGGAUAUGUUCCAGUUGUCAACAUGUCAUGCCAUAACAUGAUCUCAUUGCCUAUCAUACAGUUCUUUGAACUCAAAUUGUAAACCAGUCAAGCUAUUAAACUGAUUUAUUGUGCAUGCAGUGUACAAUACACUUUGAAAAACUGCCUAAAUACACUUAUUCUAUAGCCUGGAAUAAAAUAAGUAUGUAUUUAACUUGUA